UUUGGAGGCCUAUAGGACUCAGCGACGCAGCCACCUGCGACUUAAAGUAUUUUCUCAAGUUUUGCUGGGACCAUUUGGCAUUCGGGUUCAGGCCCUCGUUCAACGCUUUUGUGAUGUCUUCGAGACUGCAAGGAGACCGCUCUACCGAGACAGCCCGCCUACUUCUGUGCCAGAGUAGGAUUCAGGUAGAGCCGGUGGCGGCGGAUACACGUCUUGCAUCAUGUCGGCUUCAGAGGACACGAUCGCUGAGAUGUAGUACAACAGGCCUUCUCAUACAAUUGACAGCUGACGUGGUUCCAAGUCAGCGGGAGGUUGAAAGCUUUCGGCUGCACUUGCCUUUCGAAGCCGACAUCGGCUCCACUUCCACUGGCGGGGACUUCGCCGUAGCCAACCAAGUGGGAUGUAUUCGCGUCUUAUCAGCAGAAACAACGACCCUCGACAGACCCCUCUUGCGCAUCGGGCGCCUCCUUGUGCACUCCUCUCACGACUGCAAUGUCCUACGAAACAGCCAUCGCGGCGAUCGACGCUGCGCACGCGCAAGACCCGAACAAAAUCACCAUCGCUGGCAAAGAAGUACCCUACGAGCUGCACUAUGCCGAAAAGUGCACGUCCUACCUCGACAAGCGCAGCCCUGAUGCUUCAGAGGCUCUGCGUCUUGCAAUCCGCGCACAGCACUUCCGCCGCUGGGAAGUUCCGCGGAACACAUACCCCAUGACUCGGGUGGGCUACCAUACUUGGCGCACGUAUCUCAAGAAAAGGCAGGCGGACCUAGUCAUGACUAUACUGGAUGAAUGCUACGGGACGUCUGCAGUUAACCGCGAUGAGCACAUGGCGUUCCUGAACAGGGUCGGCAGCUUGAUAAAGAAAGAGGGAUUGAAAGAGGGCGAUGAAGAGGCAGGUGUAUUAGAAGAUGUAGCUUGCCUCGUUUUUCUAGACGAUCAAUUCGACAAGUACGCGAAGCUGUGGGACGAAGGCGAGAAAGGAGAAGGCGGGUUAGACGAAGAGAAGGUGCUGGGCAUAUUGAGGAAGACUUGGGCGAAGAUGACGGAGAAGGGUCACGAGUUGGCACUGCAAAUUCCGAUGGAGGGGCGGCCGAAGGAAUUAAUUCAGAAAGCUUUGGCUGGUUGAAGAUAUGCUGGAUUGGAAUAGAUUGGAUUAUGCUAUAUCACUGUGCCGGAGCAGAGUGGGUAUCGUUCAAAUUGUGGCAAAAGGAAAACCGCGGUCCUAGUCGUCAUGGUCGUCGUCGUCGCGGUAGUGGGACACACGCCUAUGCGCCGCCUUCACUGUGCGUAGCCGAGGCUACGCUUUGGGUGGACGACUUCUCGACA